GAUGGGUCUAAUGGGCUUUUAGGUGCGAACGUAGCUAUUAGACAUGACAAGGUUUGGCCUGAAACUCCUUCAACCAAAACCAGAAACAUGACUGAAAUCCUUACUUGAGAGUUGAGGCUUAAGCUAAAGCAUCCCAACUCGGACGGCCGAAAAUGAAAGUUAGAAGGCUAGCCACAAUCGGACCGUCCACGUUGUUAGCUUCCCAAAACCACAAACCUCCUCUCCCCCCAAAUCAAGUUUUCCCGCCAACACAAUCCCCUGCCCCUCACCCAGACACCACUCUAUCCUCUGCUCUGCAGAGUUACAUCAACUCAGACGACCCUUCCCCUGGCCAAAAGAUCCAUGCCCAUAUUCUCAAAUCCGGGUUCCGACCCAAUAACAAUGUCUCCAUCAAGCUCCUCAUACUACACCUGAAAUGUGGUUCGUUGAAAUAUGCACGCCAGAUGUUCGAUGAAUUGCCUGCGAGGACCCUUUCCUCUUAUAAUUACUUGAUCAGUGGAAAUCUCAAACAUGGGCAAGUAAAGGAGUCGAUCAAUUUGGUUAGAAGGCUUGUUUUAUGUGGGGAAAGGCCUGAUGGGUACACGUUUUCGAUGAUUUUGAAAGCGUCUACUUGUAAUGGUAAUGUGCCGUUGCCGUCUAGCUUGGGGAGAACGGUGCAUGCCCGGAUAAUUAAGUCGGAUGUUGAGGCUGAUGAUGUGCUUUAUACGGCGCUUGUUGCGUCUUAUGUUAGGAAUGGGAGACUCGGCUAUGCGAGGAGUGUGUUUGAUAUGAUGUUGGAGAAGAAUAUCGUGUGUUCAACAUCGAUGAUAUCCGGGUACAUGAGUCAAGGAUCUGUGGAAGAUGCUGAAGAUAUAUUCCGGAGAACGGUUGAGAAAGAUGUUGUGGUGUUUAAUGCAAUGAUUGAAGGUUACAGCAAAUCUGUUGGAUCUGCUAAGAAAUCGCUUGAGGUUUACAUUGACAUGCAGCGGUUGAAUUUCCAACCUAACGUCUCUACAUUUGCUAGUCUCAUCGGGGCGUGCUCAGCUCUGGCUGCAUUUGAAAUUGGUCAACAAGUCCAGUGUCAGCUAAUGAAAACUAACUUAUUCAUGGACAUAAAGAUGGGAAGUGCUCUUCUAGACAUGUACUCGAAAUGUGGAAGAGUUGAGGAGGCACGGAGAAUUUUUGACCACAUGCCUCAAAGAAAUGUAUUUUCAUGGACUUCAAUGAUCGAUGGUUAUGGGAAGAAUGGAUAUCCUGAUGAAGCACUUGAGCUCUUCAGUAUAAUGCAGAAAGAACACCAUAUCAAACCCAAUUUUGUAACAUUCCUCAGCGCACUCUCAGCUUGCGGACAUGCUGGGCUGGUUGAUAAGGGCCUUGACAUCUUCGAAAGCAUGAAGAGGGACUACUCAAUAAAACCAACAAUGGAGCAUUAUGCUUGUAUGGUUGAUCUCUUGGGACGUGCUGGACGUUUGCAUCAAGCAUGGGAGUUUGCAAAGGGGAUUCCUGAGAAGCCCAAUUCCGGUGUUUGGGCAGCGCUUCUUAGUUCAAGUACAGUACAUGGUGAUAUUGAGAUGGCAAGGUUAGCAUCCGAUGAACUUUUUAAGCUGAAUCCAGACAGUCGGCCAGGGGCAUAUGUUUCAUUCUCUAAUAAUUUGGCAGCUGCUGGGAAAUGGGACAGUGUAAGUGAGCUUAGAGAGAAAAUGAAAGCACGAGGGAUAUCUAAAGAUAUUGGCUGGAGUUUGGUUGGUACCGAUAGUAAUUGAUGAACUAAAGCAAACUUGCAAAGAGGAUUUAUGGUUAGAUAGCUGAAGAUUCCAAUGCCAAUCUAUGCGGACUAUUCCAGCACAUGAGAAUGUGCAGGUAGUGAACAAAUUAAAGGGAUCUGGAGCGUACUGCAAACUCAGCCAGUGUUUCAUUGAUUUUCGGACACAUCAAGGCAGUCAGACAGACUCAAUUUUUGGAGCAGAAUUGGAGAUGGCUUACUGCUUAAUUUGAGAAACAGUAAUUACGUAGAGAGGUAAACCUUUUCUUUGUGACAGUUACUGUGGAUUACCCAGUCAGUAGUUCAAGUUUUUCACGUACUCUUAAGACUGAAGCAUAAGUUUGACUAGCUCGAUACGGCAUCAUCAGCUCCUCUGUCACAGCAUCAUUAUCUCCAAAAUUGAUUGAAUUACAUACCAAGUUGAAUUUUGAUUUCUUAUAUAAAAU